AUGAACAUGGAUGCUAAUGCCGUCGAGAAUCGUGAAAAGGAGCGCGAUCGUCGUGGACGCGGCGCACGCGGAUCACGUUUCUCAGACGCCGAUGGCAACAAUGGCAACGCAGGCGGUGGCGGAGCAGGAGGCAGCGGCGGGCAGAACAUAGGACGCGACAGAAGUCGCGAAAGGCGCAAUUGCCGAGUGUACAUUUCAAACAUUCCAUACGAUUAUCGCUGGCAAGAUCUGAAGGAUCUGUUUCGUCGUAUUGUCGGCUCUAUUGAGUAUGUGCAAUUGUUUCACGACGAGAGCGGUAAGGCGCGAGGUUGUGGCAUUGUCGAGUUCAAGGAUCCCGAGAAUGUGCAAAAGGCCAUGGAGAAGAUGAAUCGUUACGAGCUGAAUGGCCGUGAGCUGGUCGUUAAGGAGGAUCAUGGCGAACAGCGUGAUCAAUAUGGUCGCAUUGUGCGUGAUGGAGCCGGCGGUGGUGGCGGAGGAGGUGGUGGUGGCGGCGGUGGCAACAACGGUGGUGGAGGCGGCGGCGGUGGACGUGAUCAUAUGGACGAUCGGGAUCGUGGUUUCUCACGCCGUGACGAUGACAGAAUAUCUGGGCGUAAUAAUUUUAACAUGAUGUCGAAUGAUUUUAAUUCGUCGAAUUACAAUUUGUAUGGGCUUUCUGCUUCGUUUUUGGAGAGUCUUGGCAUAAGUGGACCUUUACAUAAUAAGGUUUUUGUUGCUAAUCUCGACUACAAGGUGGAUAACAAGAAGCUCAAGCAAGUGUUCAAGCUUGCUGGCAAGGUGCAGAGCGUGGAUCUGUCCCUGGAUAAGGAGGGCAACAGUCGUGGCUUUGCUGUAGUCGAAUAUGAUCAUCCUGUGGAAGCAGUGCAAGCAAUUUCCAUGCUUGAUCGACAAAUGCUCUAUGAUCGUCGCAUGACGGUGCGUCUGGAUCGCAUUCCCGACAAGGGUGAAGGCCUGAAGCUACCCGAGGGAUUGGGUGGCGUUGGCAUUGGUCUCGGACCCAACGGUGAACCGCUGAAGGAUGUUGCUCACAAUUUGCCCAACGGUGGCAAUCAGAAUGCUUCGCAGUUGCUCAGCAAUGUGCAGAAUGCUCAGCAAUUGUCCGCUGUCACAGGCGGACCAGUUGUCGGUGGUGGCGCCAAUGCUAACAAUCUGUUGGGCAGCCUGAGUGGGGUGAUGUUUGGAAACAAUUCGGCUGUACAGCCGUCGCCAGUGGCGCCAGUGCAGAAACCCAGCAUGGGCAACAAUGCGGGUAGCGGUGUUGGUGGCCUCAAUCUCAACAAUUUGAAUCCCAAUUUGGCUGCAGUUGUUGGCGGUUUGAGCGCAGCGCUAUCGAAUCCGCAGCUCACCUCUUCACUAAGCAACCUCGGCCUUAAUCUCGGCAACUCGGGUGGCAAUGACGAUGGCCUCGUAUCGGCCAGCAAUGUGGGUUUGUCCAAUAACUAUAGCAGCGGCGGCGGCGGCGGUGGUUAUGGAGGUGGUGUUGGUAACAACUACAACACUGGCGGUGGCAGCUCGGGAAGUGGAGGUGGUGGUGGCGUCUCUGGGGGCAAUGUUGGCUACAAUGCUUACAACAGCAGUGCCGUCUCCAACUCGGGCAACAAUCAGCUCGAUGGCAAUGACUAUGGCAAUGCUGGCAAUCAAUUGGACAUGUUUGGCGGCGGAGGCAAUGUCGGAGUGGGUGGUGGUAAUGUUGGUGUUGGCGGUGGUGCUGGCAAUGCUGGCGGCGGCACCCGCAAAUCAGAUACGAUUAUCAUUAAGAAUGUGCCAUUGAGCUGCACAUGGCAAACGUUGCGCGACAAAUUCCGUGAUGUGGGCGAUGUCAAGUUUGCCGAGAUUCGUGGCAACGAUGUGGGCGUGGUGCGAUUCUUCAAGGAGCGUGACGCAGAACUAGCCAUUGGUCUCAUGAAUGGUUCCCGUCUCGAUGGCCGCACGAUUAGUGUAAACUACUUUUAAUUUGAUAUAGAACUUAGAUUUUAAACUGCGCAGUACGUGCGUUUCCACAGCAAGGAUUCUUUUGCAAGAUGAUGACAUGACCAACAACAAAACAUCCUAGAUUUAUCUUAUCCCACGAGCAAAGCAGCUAUGCGAUGCGGUUUUAGUUGUAGUAACUACAAAAAACAUAUAAUUGUUUAAUUUUUAUACACAUAUGUAUUUACACUACUCAUAAACAACAAAUGUCGUAAAAUAAUUGACUUUCCAUAAUCCAGAAACGACGCAAUUCAUUUUAUUUGUAAGUGAUUGAAUUAAAUAUGAAAAACGCUAAAA